UUUUUUUUUUUCCUUCCUUCAUCUCUUUUUUUUUUAAAACAACUACAAAAAUAAAAAAAUGUGUGGAAUCUUUGGUUACUGUAACUUUCUCUGUGAAAAGUCUCGUCGCGAUGUCUGUGACACUCUCUUGAACGGUCUCUCUCGUUUGGAGUACAGAGGUUACGAUUCUGCCGGUUUCGCUGUGGAUGGUGACAAGGAAGACAUCAUCAUCAUGAAGCAAGUGGGUAAGGUCGCUGCUUUAAGAAAGCUCGUUGAUGAACAACCUGUCGAUUUCGCAAAGCCCUUCAUCAGCCAAUGUGGUAUGGCUCAUACGCGUUGGGCCACUCAUGGUCAACCUUCUCAAAUCAACUCUCAUCCCCAACGUUCCGAUACCACCAAUGAAUUUGCUGUUGUCCACAACGGUAUCAUUACCAACUACAAGGAAAUCAAGCUCCUUCUCGAAAAGAAGGGUUAUGUCUUUGAAUCAGACACCGAUACUGAAUGUGUUGCCAAGUUGACCAAGUAUGUCUUUGAUUCCCACAACAAGGACAUGAACUUCCUUGAAUUAGUCAAGGCCGUUGUCAAGGAGUUGGAAGGUUCUUAUGCUUUCAUCUUCAAGUCUACCUAUUUCCCUAACGAAAUCGUUGCUACCCGUCGUGGUUCUCCUCUCUUGAUUGGUGUCAAGACUGCCAAGAAGCUUAAGGUUGACUUUGUUGAUGUUGAGUUUGGUGGACACAAGGAUGCCGUUGGAACAGACAGCUCAUUUGCCCCUGUCGAAGGUCAAGAUAUGUCUCGUCCUGCAUUAAAUCGUUCUCAAUCCAGAGCUUUCUUGAGUGAAGAUGGUAUGCCUCAACCCAUUGAAUACUUCUUGGCCUCUGAUGCUUCUGCCAUUGUUGAACACACCAAGCGUGUCCUUUAUUUGGAAGAUGAUGAUAUUGCUCACAUUGCUGAUGGUGAACUUCAUAUCCAUCGUGUUCGUCGUUCCAAGGAAGAUAACACUGCUGCUACCCGUUCCAUCCAAACCUUGGAAAUCGAGUUGGCCGAAAUUAUGAAGGGUUCUUUCGAUCAUUUCAUGCAAAAGGAAAUCUAUGAACAACCCGAGUCUGUUGUCAACACCAUGCGUGGUCGUGUUAACUUUGAAAACCAUGAGGUUACUUUGGGUGGUCUUCGUGGUUUUACUCAUAUCAUUCGUCGUGCUCGUCGUAUUAUCUUUAUUGCCUGUGGUACCUCUUAUCACUCUUGUUUAGCUACCCGUUCUAUCUUUGAAGAGUUAAACCAAAUUGGUACUCAAGCCGAACUUGCUUCUGAUUUCUUGGAUAGAAGCUCACCUAUUUUCCGUGAUGAUGUUUGCGUCUUUGUUUCUCAAUCAGGUGAGACUGCUGAUACUAUCUUGGCUAUGCGUUAUUGUUUAGAACGUGGUGCUCUCUGCGUGGGUGUUACCAACACAGUUGGUUCUUCCAUCUCCCGUGAAACUCACUGUGGUGUUCAUAUCAAUGCUGGUCCCGAAAUCGGUGUUGCUUCCACCAAGGCCUAUACCUCUCAAUACAUUGCCUUGCUCAUGAUGGCCCUUCAAUUGGCCGAAGAUACCACUUCCACUCAAAAGAGACGUGAAGAAAUUAUUGAUAGUCUCUACCGCUUGCCUGGUCAUAUUAAGGAAGUACUUGCUAUUGAUAAUAACCUUCAAAAGCUUGCCUUGGAGACCUUAUCCGAAGAAAAGAGUUUGUUGAUCUUGGGUCGUGGUUACCAAAAUGCCACUUGUCUUGAAGGUGCUCUCAAGAUUAAGGAAAUCUCUUAUAUCCACAGUGAAGGUAUUCUUGCUGGUGAACUCAAGCACGGUCCUUUGGCUUUGAUUGAUGAACAUAUGCCUGUGAUUUUAUUGAUGACUCAAGACUCUCUUUACCCCAAGGUUCAAUCUGCUCUUCAACAGGUUGCUGCUCGUAAGGGUACUCCCAUCAUUAUCUGUAACACCGGUGAUCAAAACUUGGUCAACCAAUUCAAGACUAUUGAAGUCCCCAAGACCAGUGAUUGUUUGCAAGGUUUGGUCAACAUUAUUCCCCUUCAAUUACUCUCCUACCAUCUUGCCAUUAUCAAGGGUGUCGAUGUUGAUUUCCCUAGAAACCUUGCCAAGUCUGUCACUGUCGAGUAAAUCUUUUAUUUUAUUUUUUUCAUUCUUUAUUGCACACACACACACACACACACAUUUAUAUUUUUUCAUCCCGCACAAACCAAAAAAAAACAUAUAUACACACCCCACACACCCCACUACCACGUCUUUAUUCCCUAAUAAAGAAAUUUUGACAAAAA